AUGGAAGUAUUUGGCAUACUGCUUCUCUUCAUUGGGAGUGUAGCCAGCAUUGCAACGAUCUGUCCUGUUGGUUGGCAGCGAUAUGGAAAGGCUUGCUAUUUUGUGAUCAAAGAACUAAAGAAUUGGAGCAAAGCAAAAAGUAUCUGUGCUGCUUCUCAUUCAAGCCUUGCAGUUCCCAACUCGUCGGAGGAACAGACAUUUAUAUGGGAAUUACUCCAGCAGGAGUUUUAUCCUGAUGGUCCUGUGGAUGGAGCCUGGAUUGGCUGUGAUGACAUCGAGAAGGAAGGUGAUUGGCAGAAUUGUCCUUCGACAGGUGAUGAGACCAACGUGUACCAGAACUGGAGGGAAGAGCAGCCUGACAGUUGGAAUGCUGCAUCUGAUUGUGCAUUGAUGGUCAAUUCAGCGGGUGGCAAAUGGGAUGACCAGUCUUGCACUAAUCCCAGAUAUGCAACGUGUGAGCUUGCUAUCAUCAACUACGACCCUCUAUUCUGCCUUCAGAUCGGCUCUGAUGGUCGCAUCACCUCCCCGUGCCUCACUGAUAAUCACAUCUUGAUGGAGUUACAGGCUCAGGGUCUGGUGUCUUGUGGCAAGGCCUGCCUCUCUCAUCCCAAAUGUAGCUCCUUCAAUCUGAAGGACCAAGGCCAGGGCAAGAUGGUGUGCCAGCUGAAUGACCUCGCCCUUCAAAAUGCAGGGGCUGAAGAUGUGGUGGAAAUUCAGAACUGCUACGGCCUGGAUCUGUAGAAACUGGUUGCAUGAAGCAAACUGAUACAAAAAAUAUCCUUUAGAAUGCUCUCAUGAGCAGGUACCGGUACAUGGGCCAACAUUUUCAAUGCAAGUACAUGUGCAAAGCGCAGUGGUGGCUUACAUUUUCGCAGCUGAUAGUGAAUGACUAUUUUGCAGAGAUUUGUUGUG